CUUCCCGGAUCGAGUGCCCCACUGCACUACUAGCUCUUGCGUCGCACACGGCCCGACUACCCGACCGAACCCCAAGUACUCCUUACGUUCUCUCUUCUACUACCACCUCAUCAGCGGAUCGAUCGAGAUGGUGUCCUUGCAGUCGGCGCUGCUGCUCCCGGAGGCCAGCAGGCGGCCGCCACGGCCGACGUGCCUCCCGCUCGUCGAUUCCGUCGCCUCCACCGCCACCAGCAAGAAGCGGAAGCGGGCCGGCGUCGACGACGUCGGCGAGGGCGAGAGCGGGGAGGUCGGGAUCGAGCUCUGCUUCGACGCCGCGCCUCUGCCCCUCGAGUGGCAACGCUGCCUCGACAUCAAGUCGGGGCAGAUCCACUACUACAACACGAGGACGCACAAGAGGACGUCCAGGGACCCGAGGGCGGAGGCGCCGCCGGCGCCGGCGCCGGAGUCGCACCACCGCCGCGCCGCGCCCGCCGAGGAGGAGGAGGAGGAGGAGGCCGCGAAUUAUUGCGCGCCGCCGCUAGGCCUGGACCUGGAGCUCAACCUCACGUUCGAGCCGCGCCGGGUACCUAUCCAGGAGGCCAAGAAGCACAGGUCGUCGGCCGUGGAGACGACGACGAAGCCAGCGGCAGCGGUGGCAGCGGAGAAGUUAGCGCUCGAGUUGCCGGCCGGCGGCGCGUCCAGGGAGAUGGUCGCCGCCGUUUGCGCGCGGUGCCACAUGCUGGUGAUGAUGUGCCGCGAGUGGCCGGCCUGCCCCAACUGCAAGUUCGUGCACCCAACAGCGAACCAGAGCUCGCCGCCGCCGCCGCCGCCGGAGCCGGCGCCGCUCAAGCUCGGGCUCCAGCUGCUCUGCUGCAAGGACUAAUUAAUGAUCCAAUUUCCAAAUUACUCGUUCGAUCGAUCGAUCGCUCGUCGUCUCUGCUGCUUGACCCGUGCAACGGCUGUCGUUAUAGAGCGCAUGUGUACGCGUAGCUAUCUACAACAUUAAUAUUGUCACUAUGUAGCUACGACGUCGUACAAGUGCAAUAACCAAACAGUGGUAAUUAAGGCCACUGUUAGUGUACGUACGUAACAAGAUGAUCAUUAGGCGGCUUAAUUAAAAAGGGGAAAUUGAGUUCAAAAAGGAGCCAGUAUGUAGUGAUCAAUAGCUAGCUGGUGACCGAUGGGCGAUGGUGAGGUAUGAAUAUAUAUAUUAUGAUGUAGAUAUUAAGUGCAAAUAUAAAUGUAGUCUCUGGAACUUUGUGGGUAUGCGUCACUAGCUCAUCAGGCUCACUUGUCCGUGCAUGUAUGCGAAUUGGGGUCGAGUGUGUGCUUUGCUAUACCACUAUAUAUGUGUGUGCGCGUUGUACAAAAGUUAGUUGGCUGUUGGUGAGCAGAAAUUUAUUGGUGCACGCCUGCUGAUGUUGUGUGUAUU